CUUGAUUGACACCGGGCUAGCUAAUCACUUCAACUCAUAUCUCACUAGCCCUCUGUUGUAGUCUCUUCAUUGUGCGCGCCUCAUCGCUUGCUUCUUUCCCUUCCCUUUGACACAUGCUGUCUACCGUGAAUAUGGGAGUCUCUAACCUCCACUGACAGCGAACCAGCCUCGAUCGAGCUCUGCAACCUUUGAGCUACUCCACAAGCUUGGACACCAUCCAACAGUCCUUUCAAGCACUGACUACCUUUGAGAAUCUGUAUAAUAUCUGCAAAAUCUGGCAGUUAUGGAGUUGGCGCAGAGUCUUGUGCGCUCUUGCAUACGAUCAUUCUACGAAACCAAGCACAUCCUGGUCAUAGAUGCGCUGAUUAUUCACUCGGCUUUGCGUGACGAUGACAUGGCAUAUCUAAUGGGCAUGAAUACCAAGGAGCUUCACAAGCUAUGUGGCCGUCUGAAGGAGGAUAGGUUUCUCGCUGUUCAUACUCGCCAAGAGGCAAAAGAAGGCCAGCAACGCCCCAUGAACAGAACCUAUUACUACAUCGACUACAGAGCGACCAUUGAUGCAAUAAAGUGGCGUGUCUACCUCCUUAACAAGCAAGUUCAAGGCAAUACCAUUCCAGAGAUCGAAAGAAAGGAAUACUUCUGUUUGACCUGUAAGUCCGAAUGGACACAGCUCGAGGUCCUUCACAGAUGGGACAUGGCCAGAAACGGCUUCCUUUGUCAGCGAUGCAAUAGUGUUCUUAAGCAUGACCCCGACAACAAUAAAGGUGGGCAUGAGCAGUCUACGAAGUAUCACUCGCAAUUCAGAUUUAUUACCGAAUUGCUUCCUAAGAUAGACGAGGUUAUUAUCCCAGAAAACACAUUCGAUCGUGCGAUGGCAUCUCAGCUCAAGGUGGUCCGAGACGAGACUAACCCUGCAAAUGAGACUGCACCGGUAGAUUUAUCUGCUUCCAAGCCAACAGCUGUUCGUGGAAUGGCCAAUGCAAGCAACACAGCUAUUUCGGUCACGCUUACGGCCUCAGACGGGCCAACGGAAGCAGAGAUCGCUGCUGAGAAGGCACUGAAAGAGAAGACUGCCGCACAGAAUGCUAUGCCAAUGCACUUCACUCACAGCACCGUUACCGGUGAGCAAGUCAAGUAUGGUCCUGGAGCGUCAACCAUCUCUACCUCUGAAGUUGACAAGAAAACCGACCUUGACACUCCAUCUGGCACUGCAGAGGGUACCGAAAUCGAUGACUACUUUGCACGUUUGCGUGCGGAACAGGCAAAAGAAGCAGAACGAGAGCAAGACGAAGAGUACGAAACUGACGAAGAUGACGACGAAGACUUUGAAGAUGUGGUGCCCACCGGUUCUGGUGCUGCUACACCUACAAGUUCAACCAUUGACUCCAAACCAACCUCAUUUCCAUCAACCGGUCUUGCCAAUAUCUUGAAAAAGGGCGGUAGUGCUUCUGGUAGUGGAACGAGCACGGGUGCAACAAGUCCGGUGACAGGACCAGCUACACCAAAUGAAGAUGGCCGGCCCGCGAAAAAAGUUAAAAUCGAAUACCCAUCUCUACACGAAAGGGAUGAGGACGAAAGCGAAGAGGACAUGGAAUUUGAGGAUGUCUGAAUGUCGCGGCUUUUGUAGUCUGCCUCACUCUGCAGAGAGGGAGAUAGCUUCGGGAACUUGGUUGGCGUUUGGGCAUUGGGAUAAUGUACACAUGCACUCAUCCAAUCCUUAGAUUGAGCCCUUACGAACUGGGCUGCAAAAGUCCGUGCGGUUCAGGCUAUCUCGCUUGAAUAGGAGACUCGCUUUUUUGAUGAUAUAGCCUAGUUGUAAAGCUUUGUAUU